AGACGAUCUUAGUAUGGAUUGAGAACUUUGUUCGCGCGGUUCUGGACGGAAAGUCACAAGAAUAUAAAUGUGUAAUUGUAAAGAAGUUUUUGUUGCUACAGAAUUGUGAGAAAAGUUUUUUGCUUAAAUAUUUUUAUUAAACGGCAUCGAAAUGGGUUUAAUUGUGGGUCUUCUUUUGGGUUCUAUCUUAGCAUAUGUAUGCUACAAAUGGUCAACGGCAAAGUUUAAAAUUUUAAGUGAACGUGGAAUACCUCAUGAUGAACCCACACCUCUUCUGGGAAAUAUUAAAUGGAGUAUAUUGUCGGGUAAAGAUUCUUUUAUGCGUGCCUCUGUCGAAAAGUACAAAAAGUAUAAACAUAACAAAGUGUAUGGUGCAUAUAAUUUUCGCGAUCCUGUCAUUUUCGUAUCUGACAUCGAAUUGAUUAAAAAGAUAGGUAUAAAGGAUUUCGACAAUUUUGCCAACCAUAAAGCGACUUUUAAUGAAGUCAGGGACAAUAUUUUGGCCAAAAGUUUAGUGAAAUUGCAAAAUCAAAAAUGGAAGGAAAUGCGUACAACGCUAACCCCAACUUUUACUGGUAGUAAAAUGCGACAAAUGUUCGAACUUAUCAAUGAAUGCAGUAUUGAAGGAGUUUCGUUUCUGCAAAGCGAAUUGAAAGCAGCAGGGAUUAAUGAACUUGACAUAGAAAUGAAAGACUAUUUUACAAGGUAUUCCAAUGACGUCAUUGCAUCUGCAGCAUUUGGCAUAAAAGUCAAUUCAUUUGUGAACAAGACAAAUGAAUUCUAUGAAGUUGGUAGAACGUUUACACGUUCCGUGGGACUAAUAAUGGUUAAAGCGUUUUUAAUUAAAGUUGUACCAACCAUAACAAGAUUACUACACAUAAAAUUAUUAAAUGAAACAUUGUUAAAUUAUUUCCGAAGUUUAGUUUUUGAUGCAAUUGAAUAUCGUAAGAAAAAUAAUAUCAUACGUCCUGACAUGAUACAUCUUCUUACGGAAGCAAAAAAACAAUUUGAUGCCUCGAAACAACAAAGAAUUGCCGAUCACGCUGAAUUUAAUGAUGAGGAUCUUUUGGCACAAUGUUUAUUAUUUUUUCUGGCUGGAUUUGAGACAGUUUCCACUUGUCUUUGCUUCACUUGUUAUGAAUUGUUGAUGAAUCCGGAUGUACAAGAAACUCUAUACGAGGAAAUUUUAGCUACAGAACAAGAUCUCAAUGGGUCACCAUUGUAUUAUGAUGCUCUAAUGAAUAUGAGAUAUAUGGAUAUGGUAGUAUCAGAAUCUUUGCGGAAAUGGCCACCUGCUUUAGCUACAGAUCGUGUGUGCGCAAAUGAUUACAAUCUAACUGACAAUGAUGGAAAAUUGGUACUCAAACUUAAAAAAAAUGAUCUUAUAUUUAUACCUAUUGUUGGCUUGCAUUAUGAUCCCGAACAUUUCCCAGAACCUGAAAAAUUUGAUCCUUUACGUUUUUCUGAUGCAAACAAAAAAAAUAUUAAUCAUUUAGCUUACGUACCUUUCGGUUUAGGACCUAGAAGUUGUAUUGGUAAUCGUCUUGCUUUAAUGGAAGCCAAAGCAAUGAUAUAUCAUUUGCUCUUGCAUUUUAAAAUUGAACCAAAUGAAAAAACUAGUACAGAUAUGUUUAACUCUAUACGCGGAUUUCAACUAAAACCUAAGGAGCUAUUCUGGAUGAAAUUUACACCACGUAACAAGAAUUGAAAUUAAUAUUUUUAUAAGUGUGUGUGUAAUUAUUAUACGUUUGUAAAUAAUGACCAAAAAGUAUUAAUGCCGUACUUAUAAAUUUUUUCUAUUAAAAUUUUUGUGAAAAAUAUAUAAUAUGCAAU